AUGAAUGGUAUAGAUGAAGAACUCUGGAACUGUAUUCUCGAUGAUGUUCGUCCUCCUGCUGUUGUUCCGAACAUUGGAAAUUCUUCAACAAAUCACAAUGUCAAUGAAAAAUCUGAGAGAUUGUUGAAGAACGAGAAGAAAUUUAUGCGUGAAUUAAGAGGUGCUCUUCCUCUAGUUGUGUACAAUUAUGUACGUAGCUGUAAAAGUGCCAAAGAAAUUUGGGAUACUUUAAAAGAAAAGUAUCAAGGUAGUGAGAAGACCAAAAUCAAUUCAGUGAAACAUUGUCUGGUGGAAUUAAGAGAGUUCAAACAGAAAGAAAGUGAAUCCAUUGAAUUGUAUUAUGAUCGUCUGAACGAGCUCAUAUACAAGUGCAAUCGAUAUGGAAUCACCAGGUCGACUAUGGAGUUUAAUCUCAUAUUCAUUAUGGGGCUUCGCAAAGAAUGGAUGAAUGUUAAAGCCGAAGUGAAUGAAAUAUCUAAAGAGUCGAAAAUCAGUAUUGGUGGUCCACUGGCUCUUGUAUCGAAGAUUUCAGGGAGAGAAGCUAAGAAAGAAAGUGUUGAGAAAGAGAAUUCUGAGGAUAAAGGUCUUAUUGUCAAUUCAGAUGACGAAGCCAUAGCCUUUUACUCUAACAAUCGAGUAAAGAGGUUCUUUAAGAAGUCAUUUAAUGCAAAGUCAAAAACAACUGAUGGAAAAGGAAACUUUGCUACGAAGACAGUGAGUGAAGAGAAGAAGAUGGAAAAGAAGGAAGUUCGUAUUGAUGAGGAGAAGAAGGAGAAAAGGCUAAAAGGAGACUCAGGAUUCGACUACCAUUAUUGUAAUGGAUCAAAUCACAUGGAGAAUGACUGCAUGCUGAGCAAGAGAGACGAGAAGAAAAGUAAGAUCAAAGAUGAGGCUUACGAUGUCGAAAAACUGGAAGAGGUGCAUGCUAAAGCGAAAGGUUUAUCACUGGUGGCCAAAGGUAUGGAUGAAGACGAAGGUACAUACCAGAUUUCGUCAUCUAGCUCAGAUGAUGAAGAAGCGCAAAAUCCUACCCAUGGAGCAAUGUUCGCUAUGCAUGAGGAUGAAGAGGAAGAGAAAAUAAAUGGGAAAUGCUUUGUUUCGACAUCUUAUCACCAAUGA